CCCGGGGUCGUCAAAAAUAUUUGUUUUCGUAACAUUUCUUUAUAUAUACUACCCUCAAGUUGAUUUAGUGUGAGGGUCACUGCGAAGAACCAUUGUCUGUCAGGGACACUCCCUAGCUUGAGCGUUACCAUAAAUUACCCUUGGAACACUAAUAUCAACCUAUGUUGACAGCCAUUUACUUUGCUUGAACCGCCCAAUUCAACCUCGCCUGCUUCGUUUUUCGUAUUUUUCUCUCCUUCUUGUUUACCUGUCCUCGCUCCAUUCCAUCUCUCAUACAGAUCAAGCAAGCAAAGAAUAGCGCUCACUCUGGGGAGAAACGUUUGGUCCGCACAAAGUUAUUGAGAGAUUCCCCUUUUGAAAUUGCUUCAGAGAAAGCGAGCGUGGGCUUCCGUGCAUCAGCAUGGGCGCCAAUAGGAGCUCCUCAUUUCAGAAUGAACGGGUACAGCAAGAUGUAAAUAACGGAGACCUGAGGUCGGGGCAUUUCCAACCAGCAGGGUCAUCGCAGGAUCAGUCCAUACUUCCUACACAUAACGAGAAGAGUGCUCGCCGCCAUGGAAUAUUUCGAGUUGACACCGCUGGCGAGAGUGGCCGCAGUGGGUUUCAUCCAGUCCACUUUUUCGCGGUCUGCUUCAAAAGCACUUGUACACUUUCGAUGCUGGUGAACAUCCUUUGGCCUUUCGUCCCGGCCGCUAUUGCCAUACACUUCGCUCGGAAGGAUCUUCACAUAUGGAUUUUCGCUUUGAAUUAUGUUGCCAUGGUCCCUUCAGCAAACUUGCUCGGCUUCGCAGGCGGAGAGUUGGCAAAGAAGCUGCCCAAAGUUCUCGGAGUACUGUUGGAAACAACACUGAGUUCCGUCGUGGAGAUCGUACUCUUCAUGGUUUUGAUCCACAAUGAUAAAGGGGGAAACCUGAUCCCAGUCAUCCAGGCCGCUAUCCUGGGCUCGAUUCUUGCGAAUUUGUUGCUUUGCUUGGGGUUGUGCUUCUUCUUUGGAGGUAUCAGACGCCAUGAACAGUCGUUUCAUGAAGCUGUAAGUGAGGUCGGGUCGGGGCUUCUGCUCGUUGCAGGUUUUGGUCUGUUGAUUCCGAGCGCCUUCUACGCGGCCCUAAGCUCGAGUUCAACCAAAGCGAUCAUCACCCAACAAGAUUUGGAUCAUUCCACUUUGGUAAUCAGUCGAUCUACCUCUGUUAUUCUUCUCGUCGCCUUUAUUAUGUUCCUGUUCUAUAAUCUGCAUAGUCAUCACAGUAUUUUCGAUGAGGUCCUUGAGAAUGACGAGCAGCGCGACGAGGAUCGAGAGGAAGAAUUGCAGCGCACGAAGCUCACUCUGACCGAGUGUCUAGUGGCUAUAGCAUUUUCACUCACGUUCGUAUGCAUGUCAGCAGUCUUCUUGGUCGAAGAAAUCGAGUACGUUGUUGAAACAGGGGUUUCUGAUAACUUUAUGGGUCUGAUCUUGGUUCCUCUGGUCGAGAAAGCAGCAGAGCAUCUGACCGCUAUCGACGAAGCCUGGGACAAUCAAAUCAAUUUCGCACUCUUCCACUGCCUCGGCCCUUCAAUCCAGACAGCUUUGUUGAACGCGCCACUGGCAGUCAUUGUGGGCUGGUGCCUUGACAAAGACAUGGGCCUCAACUUCGAAAUCUUUAUGAUCGUCCUCGUCGUCCUGUCAAUCUUGGUGGUUGGAAAUUUCUUGCGCGACGGAAAGUCCAACUACCUUGAGGGAGGUCUCUGCGUGCUUGUGUAUGUCAUUAUUGCUGUUACAACUUGGUACUAUCCCAAGGUGGAAGGCGAGUCGGGCGGCCACUCGGGCAAUCAUGCCGAAUAAUUUACUCAGUCGCGGACAUCUUUCUGGCAUCUGUUUCAUUGUUUUUUUAGAUGAUAUACCGUUUUGAAUAAAUAUGUUUUAGCAGAUGAGCAUGAUUGGAGUUGCGGGAUUGUAAUAGAUACUUUUAAAGCUUUAGAUUACCCAACUGAUUGUUGG